CAACCUUUAGUGGCCACCCACUCUGCCUGGUGCCUGCCCACUCUCGCCGUCUCACGUCCCUUCCCCGCCUCCGCUCGCCACGUCCCAACCGCCGCCUCCAGCCCCGGCCCCGGCUCCGGCGAGAUGUCCCGCUUCGGCCGCUCCGGCCCGCCGCCGAUCCGCGACACCUACUCGCUCCUCGUCCUCAACAUCACCUUCCGUACGACGGCCGACGACCUGUUCCCGCUCUUCGACAAGUACGGCGAGGUCGUCGACAUCUACAUCCCCAGGGACCGCAGGACUGGCGACUCGCGAGGGUUUGCCUUCGUGAGGUACAAGUAUGAAGACGAAGCGCAGAAGGCGGUUGAUCGUCUGGACGGGAGGUUGGUAGACGGGAGAGAGAUGAUGGUGCAGUUUGCCAAGUACGGCCCAAAUGCAGAGAGGAUGUACCGGGAUGAUCAUCGGGGCAGAGAUUCUUAUAGAAGGCGAAGCCGUAGUAGAGAUAGAUAUGAACGUGAAAGGUACAGCGAGAGGGAUUAUCAUCGUCGUAGCAGGAGUCGCAGCUCAAGUCCUGAUGAUUACAAGAGGCGUGGUAGAGACAGGAGCCCUAGUCGUAGCAGGAGUCGCAGUUACAGUCCUGUUGAUGACAGGAGGCGUCGAAGAGACAGUGUGUCACCUGCCCGUAAAAGUCCUAGUCGCUCCCCUCGCAGGACACCAUCUUCCCAUGAGGGAUCUCCUGUCAGGCGCAACGAUGACCAGUCUCCACACUCCCGUAGCCCUUCAACAUAAGCUCGAUAUCUUACACCUGAGGAUGGAUGGAAUAGAGCUACUCAUAUCAGAGGCUGUUCGGUUGCUUGAUUAUGAACACUCUUCGCUUACAAAAUUAAAAUGAUGUAGUGCUUGCUAUCAGUGGCUGCUUCGAGCUGCAGAUACUGCUUUCUUGUCGAUAUCUGAUGCUUGUUGAGAACCAUAUGUACUUCACUUUCUCUUCCCAUUCAAUCUUGCUUAUUAGAACUCAAUAUUACUGCUUUCUUUUCAGUGUUGGGCACUUACUAUAAAUUGUAACUUGCACCUUUCUAGUUACAUGAUGUGGUGGAGAGGUGCUGGUUGAUAAGUGGUCUGGACACAAGUUGCUUGCUGUUGAGGUUGAUGUUGUUUGUGCUGUAUCCCGUAAUGAUGGUGCUGGUGAUGAUGAUGGGGUUGAUGAUGCUGAUCAUUUUGCUACCUGCUUACAUCCUUUGCUGUCUGCACUUGUUAUGCUGACAAGUAAGGUUCCAUUGAUUUAGCUGAGUUUCACUACUUCAGCUGUCUUUCAAUCAUAAAAUAGUGAAGUAUUUUGUCCAUGAUUGUGCAUGCUAGGACUUGAGUACUUGACCUUGAAAUGUUUUAGUCCUGCCAUUGCUGUUUGAUUCAUAUUUGCACUGGUACAUAUUUUUAAGCAAUGUUGUAUUAGCAGACAAGUGUUUUGCUGUCCCUAGCUUUAAUCUUGCAUUCGGCAUAGCUUUUAACUAAUAGGCAGAUAUGAUGAUAGGUGGAACUUUUAACUGAGAGGUUGAUACAGAUAUUGUGUCCAGCGCGAUGUUGAUAUGGGCAUUCAUUUAGUCAUUUUAGUAUCCUGGGAUUUGUUAUGGUAGAGGCACACAUGUUUGGUACUUCAUGUUUUAAACGAAGUUUUAAUUCACUACAUUUACUCUAUGAGCAUGGAUCAAUAGUAACCAAUUUGAACUACCUUUAUGACUGUAAAAGGAUUUUGUUUUUGUUUGCAUAUUAGGAUUUUUUGUUGUUUCCUACUCUAACACUCUUUGGCAAUAAAAGGCAUGGAAGUUGUUUUCAGUCGCAGACAGGUUUUACAUCCGCUUGAUUGUCUGCUGCCUUGAUGUGAAUGCUGAAGAGAGAUUUGCUGUAAAUCUUUUUAUGGGGAUUGUGGCCCUUGAAAUAAUUUGACUGAUUCGUAUAAAACCUUGUAUUUCAGAAGUGUUGUAUGAUAACUUUGUAGUGCAUGCUUUUUUGUCUUUGGGACAAUCAACGGGGAUCAAGAAAUUGACAAAUAAAUUGACAAAUUGCUUGCAAGUCA